CAUUCAUUCAGUUGUCAGUAUUCAACAGUAUUCAAUAUGAAAUAUUUUGCUUUGAUUGCUGUCCUCCUGUGCUUGGCCGCUGCUGUUGUACGUUCUGAUGAUAUGAAGCUUGGAUCUGCCUACGGUGGUGCGGCACCAGCUGCACCCGCACCUAGUGGUGGUUAUGGUGGUGCAUCCAUUCCAGCUCCCCCCUGCCCUAAAAACUAUUUGUUUAGCUGCCAGCCUAGUCUACAGCCAGCACCUUGCUCUCAACCAGCUGCCGGUGGUUAUGGUGGUGCUGGUGCCUAUUCGGAAAAUUAUCCAGUCUACGCUUUACAAGUACCUCAGUAUCUACACGGAUAUCAGACAUAUUAAAUAGAUAGAUGUAUGUUCUUUUGAUUAAUGAAGUUUUAAAAUGGUAAAAAUAAGAAUUUAAAUAAAAAAAGUUUAUAAAUAAAUAAUUUA